GGGUCCGCAGGCCUGUUGCAGCGGCAGAAGUGCGAGAACCACUGCGCUCUUUUGCAGCAUGCAGCACCCUCCGCGUCGCACCGUCGCACACUCCACGGAGCACUCAAGGAGGUGUGUCGCGUCCCUAGCGAUCGCGGGCAGCUGGGUGAGUCAAAUGGCAGCUAAUAGUGCCAGAGGUGGCAAGUUUGAUAUGCCAAGGCGGGCAAUAGGCACGCUCUGGGCUCAAGCGGCCUUUAUUGUUCGUGAAUGCAUCCACACCAGCCCGGGGAGCGGCGCGAGGAGCGAAUGAAGCGUGCGCACGCAUCUGAUGAGGG